GACCUCUGGCGUCAAAACUUAGCCAAGAAAUUCUUCUUUGCAAUUCGACACUGCUGCCACGUAGCCCCAACUUCCUGGAGGGCCAGAGGUUUUCCAGGAGCAUUUUUGUGUAUUGUUUCCUGCUGCCAGAGGGCUUCCUGUUGGUGCCAGAGCAGGAGGACAGUACACGAAAUGGAGAUGAUCUUUUUAUUGUUUCUCAUAUACUCUACAGUGAAUGUCUUCUGAAAGAUGGAUUCAGAGCUGCAUGGUCUGGCUUAAAUGUGCACAUAACAGGACAGAAGCAAUGAGUUGUCCUAUCACGCCAUUGGCCAGUGUGGUGUCUACUCUGGGCGGACUUGUCUUUGGUUAUGAGCUGGGCAUCAUAUCGGGCGCUUUACUGCAGCUCAAGGUUGAUUUCAGGCUGUCGUGCAUUCAGCAGGAGGCGCUGGUCAGCUCCUUGCUGAUAGGAGCCUUGCUGGCCUCGAUCAUUGGCGGCUGCUUAAUUGACCGUCAUGGCUCCAGGAACUCCAUCCUCAUCAGCAAUGUCAUGAUCCUGACAGCCAGCCUGGUUCUGCUCAUCAACUCAUUCUUAGCACUGGUCAUAGGAAGGAUCACAAUAGGCUUUGCCUUGUCUGUAUCCUCCAUGUCCUGCUGCCUCUUUGUGUCUGAGGUAGUAAGUCCAGACCGCAGAGGUUUCCUGGUGACACUGUAUGAGGCUGGGAUUACUGUGGGCAUCCUGUCAGCUUAUGCCAUUAACUAUAUCCUGUCUGGCUAUAAAAGAGGGUGGAAGUGGAUGUUUGGUCUAGCUGUGGUACCAACACUGGUACAGCUCAUGUCCAUCUGCUUACUCCCUUCCAGUAGUAAGGAUUCUUUCAACCAGAGUCAGUGCUUUGACAGCACUGAAGCCCAAGAAGCAGAGGACUCAAAAGUGCAGUCUAGCAAGAGAAAUAAGAAGGUUCAACACAGCACUUUCUACCUGUUCAAGCGCCAGGACAAUAUGAGGACUCGGACUAUCAUCGGGCUGGGAUUAGUUCUCUUUCAGCAGUUCACAGGCCAGCCAAACGUACUGUUUUAUGCCUCCACCAUCUUCCACACAGUGGGAUUUCAGAGUGACUCCUCAGCAGUGUUGGCAUCAGUUGGGUUGGGGUUGGUCAAAGUGAUUGCUACUCUGAUAUCCAUGGCGUUUUCAGACAGAGUGGGCAGAAGGCCUCUGCUCAUCGGAGGCUGCUCUGUCAUGGCUCUGUGCCUAAUAACCAUCGGGCUCUUCAGUGGACAUUCGCAGGUGACCGCUAUGAGACCUUGUGAUUCUCAAAACAUUGACGCUAACGAAACACGGGCACAUCACUCACCUGUUGGCAAUUACUCUGUUUUUGAUACGUCUCUGGCUGGAAACCACUUUCUUUUUAAAAACACCACACAAGAUAAGGAUGUAGUGUUCAAUAAAAUCGGCCACAUUUCUUUGGAACCCACUCCUGAAACUUUUACUAAAGCCCACGGCAAAGUGAUCAACUGGAUCAUCCUCCUGUGUAUGAUGGGUACUGUCAGUGCAUACUCUGUUGGAUUUGGACCAAUGACAUGGCUCCUCCUGAGUGAAAUAUUUCCAGCUGCUGUUAAAGGAAGAGCAUUCGCAUUCACCAACUGCUUCAACUGGGCUGCAAACCUGCUGGUCACCUUCACCUUUUUGAAUGUUAUUGAUAUGAUUGGACUGUCAGGGAUGUUUCUUGUGUAUGGGCUGACUGCUGUGGCAGCUGCAGUGUUCUUCUACUUCAUGCUGCCAGAGACAAAAGGGAAGACUCUGGAGGAAAUAGACAAGGAGCUGCGUUUAAACAGGUUUUACCACCAUCUGGAGUGCUGUGGCUUCAGCAGCAGCAGAAAUACCUCCCCACAAUACCAGAGAGUGCACUGUCAGGUUUGCACAUCGGGGUGAACCAAAAAGAUAAUGAACUGUUUAGGAAGACAUCACCUCAAACAGCUGACCUGAAAUCUUUAGUCAAAAUAAAAAUCGACAGUUAGCGUGUGCCGAAGUUCAUGAGGGUUGAACAUGAAUGAUAUAGAACUUUGUAACAUGUCUUUGAACUUAACUGGGUGACAUGAGCUCGUUUUUAUCUUUACCACUGUGGGCUUAUUGGAUUUCUUUGUUAAGAGAACUUAACAGGUCAACAUCUUUCCAGCUCCUGCUUUAGAACAAACAAACCUUUAUUUGUCACAUACACAUUCAUACAGAGCACAACAUGUAGUGAAAUGCUUGUGUCCGAGCUGCAGACAGGCUGUAGACAUAGCCGCGGUCUAGCCAGGACCCUUACUGGAUACCGGGUGGGGAAAACGAACGACUCUCACUCCAAAGGUGUCUAGUCUUACCACUACACUAUCCAGAUGCAGGGGAUAGUGGGGAUGAGAGGUGACUGUCAAACAAAAGGUUUGCUUGUUUACCUCAAAAUAUCAACUUUAAGAUAUUAAGUCUUCGGAAAAUGUUUUCAUAGAUUUUACAGCUUGUCCUACUGAAUAAAUCUUUCAUACUACACCAAAAUAACUGUUUUCC